UGUCAUUAUAAAACCUAGAACAUCUUUUUAUUGUUUUUUAAUUUGUGUUCCAAAUUUACACAUUUUAUUAUUGGCAUGUUGUAUAUCAUUUCUUUAAUUUUUGAGGAAAUUUUCUCAAAUCAUAGUCGGUAUUUUUAAAUUUUACAAUGUCAUUGGCUCUAAGAAAGACGACUGAUAUUGUGGCUGCAACAAAAUGGAUCCUACGAAGAGGCUGUCUAAAUCUAUCUACUUUACCCGAAAAGUCGGAGGUUUUAGAACAAUCGGGAAAUGAGGUUAAAAGGCGGUCUGGGAGAAAACCAGUUAAUCCAAUUUUGAAAUGCAGACAUGUCUAUCCUGAAUUUCUCCCUGAUCCCAAUCCUAAAUGGAGGAACAGUCUUCGUGAAAAACUGGAGAGAAUGGAUAUGUUGAAACGAAGAAAUCAAAUUGAAAUACCUGAAUUUUAUGUUGGGUCAAUUCUUGCCGUAACCAUAUCAGAUCCACAUGCUCAAAGCAAGACCAACAGGUUCGUGGGUAUCUGUAUAGAAAGAAAAGGAAGCGGACUCCGUGCUGAGUUCACUCUUAGAAAUGUUGUAGAUCAUCAGGGUGUAGAGAUCAGGUAUGAUCUUUAUGAUCCAACCAUUCAUCAGAUACAAGUAUUGCGCCUUGAGAAACGACUAGAUGAUAAACUGUUUUAUUUAAGGGAUGCUCUCCCAGAAUACAGUACUUUCCCAUUUGACAUGGAUCCUGAAAUAUUGCCUGAAGGAACCCCUGUACCAAUCAACCCUGUUCAAGUUAAACUGAAACCAAGACCUUGGUUAGAAAGAUGGGAAAGACAAGAGCUGAAAGGUAUUUCUAACAUUGAGGAACACUUGAAAGAGAAAGACAGGGUUAGGAGAGAGCUUAGGAAGAAACCAUGGGAGAAAUAUGACUUAAUGCUCCAGUACAGAAAAACAAUUCCAAUAGAAGAACAGAAUGAUAUUUGGAGUGAAGUGUACAAUCAACUACAUCAGUUGCAAGUCUCACAAAAGAAAAUCUCUAGGAAACGCACCUAUAGUACACCUAAAACUCAGCUUGGCUAAGUGGAAAUAUAUUUAAGUGAUUGCUAUGAAAAAGUGUAGUUAAAUAAAAUAAUUUAUUUAAACAAUGUA